AUGUUUGACAACGAUUCGAACUUCCUUGACGCCAACGAGACACCGCUUUGGGAGCGCCGAUCGACGAUCAAUGCGACAAGCCGCUCUUUUCCUGAUGUUUCGAUGAGCGCCAAUAUCGAACCGCCAAUGAGAGCCGCCUCCGAUUUGCCAAGAGAUCGCCCCCAAGCGAUUCCACUCGUCCAAACGCUCAACGAGAACGAGGAUCUGAAGAAUCGCAACCAAAUCCAACGUCUUGAAAUCAUUCGGCUCAAAGAAAUCAUCUUGACAAUUACCGGACAAGACAAAUUCCACUUGGCUGAAGAGUUUCACACUCUGAAGUCUCGCGAAGUCGAGAUCGUUCGAGAGAAGAAAGAAAUCGAAGAAGCCUACCAGCAACUUUUAGAAAAUGUCCGCGAAAAUAAAGCAAAGCUUGAUGCACUUGAGCGAGAAAAAGAGGACCAAGUCAGAUGGAGUGAAGAAAUCUCGACAGCGUAUGCGGAGACAAAACGACAACUUGACGAGGCUCGGCAACGUUUUCCGUGGAUGGACGAAAGCGUCGAUUCAAUCUUUGGAGAUGCCAAUCAACGGCAUAUCGGCGAUCUAAAGCAGCGAAUCGAGGAGCUGGACUGUGAACGAGCCGAUCUCCUCAGAGCUAACCAAGAAAUGAGCCGCGAGCGCAACGAGGCUUUGGCCAGAUUGAAUGAAUGGUCGGUGAAAGGAGCGCCAGGAGAUAAGACUUUCUCUGUGGAUGUUGGCGAUUUGGGCAAAGUGACGUACCAAGAGAAGAUCGACGAGCUCCAGCAUGCCAUUGAUGAACGAGAUGCAAAGAUCCGCGAGCAAGACCAAGACUACAAGAAGGCAUUGCGACUUUUGACGAAUGUCCAGAAAUCAAAAGAUGAUUUGGAAAAACAAGUUGCCAGCUUGACAAUGACAAUGUACGCUCAGACAAGCAUUGAUCGAAAUGAGCUCCGCGAAAGCGCUAUCGGAACCGAAGAACGGCGCAUGGAAACCGCUUCGGAAUGGCUUGAUCGUUUGGGUACACUUGGACAAGAGAAUGAGCAUUUGAAGAGGGCGCUAAUUGAACUUGGCGGCAAGUACAGGGAAAUGUCGAUGCGAGAAGGAUCAAUGGUGCCCGAGGAAAUCGACUCGCUUCUCAACUAUGCUGAUGAAGUUAGAAACAAUUUGAAUCUGCAUCAAAAUCUCUUCAACUUCACCGAACAGUCCCUUCAGGUAAACGACAUUCCACAUGAAGCGUCGCAGGAAGUUAUCAAUCAGUCGAUUCACACAAAGGAGUCGCUUGAUGAGAUGAAGGAAAAAGUCAUGAGUUUGAAGAUGACCACACGCCUCUUAUUCGAACGUAUCAAGGGAGCCUCUGAAUUGUUUGCCCGCAUUCUUCAACACAUCAAAGAUGACAAAUCUGACUUUGCCGAAGAGAUCCGCAGGAUGACAUUGAGUCUUGAUGAUAGUCUGAGAAGGGAUAGCAUUGCUGCAUUGGAAGAAAUUGAAGUGGCCUUCAACGAAGCUAGCUGGGUGUUGGAGAAAUCGAUUAGCGAGUCUUUUAUCGGUGGUGUGAGUAGCCUUUCGCAAAUCAUGAGCCGUCUCGGAGCUGGUGUUUCACAACAUGAGAUCAACGCAUCGCCUACGAAGUCCUUCACCAAAGUGAUUCAAUCUCCACGUGUCGCCUCAUCGUCAUCACGCUUUGUGAACAAACAGACAUAUGAUGAGCUCUCCAACAAAUGCGACUUGCUUACAAAGGAAUUUGAAGAGGCGAAGGCCGUUUGGGAUGAAGAAAAGCAAGGAUUUGAGAGGGCUGCUCAGAAGUGUGUCCGACUUGAAAGUGAUGUGGCUGCCUUGCAUCGUCAGCUUGAGGUUGAAAAGAAACGAGAAAACGAGGCCACGCUUGCGAAUUCUGAAUUGAACGAGGAGGUGGAACGACUUCGAGCUGAUGAGAACAAGUUCAAGCAGAUCAUUGAAGAAAAUCGCCGCUUGAUUCGGGAACGCGACACUGUCAUUGAUGAACAUGAAACCGAGCUUAACAAAUGUCAGGAUCGACAAGCAAAGUUUGAAGCCAGGUGCCAUGAAUAUUUGCAGAAGGUUUCCAGACUUGAGGAAUAUAAGAGUGAUCAAGAAAGCAAGCUCCAGACGCUCCGAGAUCAAAUGGAAGAAUUUGUGGUCGAGGCAAAGCGCUACAAGGAUCUUGAAGCCGAAUAUAAGUACACGAUUCAAACACUCUCCGACGAGGCCGAAAAAGCUACCGCAAAGUAUCAAGAGGCCAUUCUCAACGAAGAUGAUUCUGCCAAGAGGUCAAUGGAGAAAUGUGUACACUAUGAAAAGCUUUUGACUGAUGCACAAGAAGAAAUCUCCCACUUGAAGAAAGGAAACGAUGCCGAGUUCAAACAAAUUCACGCUCAAGUAAUGGAUUUACGUGCGAUGAUUCACGAGCUGGCCCGACUUCGCGGUGACAACCAAGACGACACUAGUUUGAUUCGAUCGCACAGCGAGAACAGAUCAUUGGUAUCUCAAGUGCAAGCACAACUCCAGCUCUUGAAUGACUCAAUGGUGCGCGCCUGUGACUGGACAAAGCGACAAAUGCAGAAAAUUCAUGACAAUAACCGAAUGGCUGAAAAGGUUUACGCUCAAAUGCGCAGAAGCUCAACAAAGCGAUUCAAAGACCCACUGCGCAACGAAUUCUAUGAAAUUUGUACUCGCACAGACAAAAUUGUGCAGGAAAUCAAAUCCAUCGUGUCUUCGUUUCACGGAAAAAGUGGAGAUCAAUGGAAUAAGGUGCUAGAGGAAACACGGGACUUGCGUUCGUUGGUCACUGCCAAGUACCAAGCGUUGAUGGAACCGAAGGAGGCGCACGUUGUCGUUUGGAUGAUCAGGCAUUGGGCUCGCAAAUCGAGAAUGAAU